AUGGCAGAAUUAAAAAAUAGCACACUCUGCAUCCUAGGCUGCGGAAAUCUAGGAACCGCACUUCUCAAAGGGAUCCUCACUACACCUGAGAAUAAAAGUGAUGCUGUUCCAUUUAGUCGGUAUAUUGCAUGCGUCAAGAGCAAAGCCUCUGAGCAGCGGUUGGCCGCACAGUUCUCUCAAUACUCGGAGAAACUAGUGAUCUCCAUCGGUGACAACGUGAGCGGGGUAAAGGAAGCCGAUGUGAUAAUCCUCGCCCUCGAUCCCAGUAUUAUCGCGACAGCGUUGACACAGAAUGGUCUUCGCGAUGCCCUAGCUAAAAAGCUCAUCAUCAGCGUAGCUGCUGGUUGGACGCGGCAGAAGAUUGAAACCACAAUAUACGGCGACAAUGGGGAGAGCGCAAGCGAAGCCACUGAAGACCGAGCGUUUGUCAUUCGUACUCUGCCAAAUAUAGCCGCGCUGGUAUCGCAGUCACUCACGGCAAUCGAGAUUGAGCCUGGUCGUAACAUACCGGAGACAUAUCUUCAUAUGAUGGAUGCGAUUUUCUCUCGGGUAGGCAAGACAGUCCAUGUUCCACCGAAUUUAAUGGACGCUACCACAGCUGUGGCGGGCUCAACACCAGCAAUGUUUUCUGUCAUUGUAGAUGCGAUGAUCGAUGCUGCUGUGGCGGUUGGAGUGCCUAGAGACCUAGCACAUGUAAUGAUUUUUCAGGCGAUGCAAGGGACAGCUACGAUGCUUCAAAGCGGGAUACACCCGGCACUUUUGAAAGACCAGGGAACGUCUCCGGAGGGGUGUACCAUUGGUGGACUGAUGAAGAUGGAAGAGGCUGGAGUACGGGGACAUGUCGGUAGGGCAUUGCGAGAGGCUGUUACGAUUGCGAGGCUUAUGGAUGGGACGAGGCAUGUUAAUGAUACGAGGGAGUAG